CGCUCCCAUGGGAACGGCCCGCAUGGCGUCCCGGGAACCGCGGCAACCGGGGGAAAAAGAGCUCCCCCCGGCUCCGCUGUCCCAUGAACAGCCCGUGAUGAUCCCCCGAGAAAGGAAAUCCCGGCUCCGGUGUCCCGGGAAUUCCAGGCAGGACAACAUGGAGCCUUUUUCUCUCUCUGAGCUCGGGCUCCCAACAGACAACAAAGCUAUCCAGGGAAUUCUCUGUCCCAUGGCUGUGGAGCUCUGCCACCUCCUCCUUGCCCUGGAACGGGAAGAUGGGAUUUGCCCGGCCUUCCCCAACUUGGGGGAAAAGGCAGGAAAAUUAGCCAAAGCUACGGAAGAACUCGCUGCUGUGGCAAGGAGGCUGUCCGAGGAUUGCGGCCAGGAGGGGAGCACAGAGAUGUGUCCCGUGGGUGACUCCCUGCUCCAGGCUGGCAGGGACGUGCUGCUGGCAGCAUUCCAGCUCCAGGAGCAUCCUGACAGCCCUCGGCACCGACAGCACCUGGCAGUGGCCACCAAGAGGAUCCUGGUGGAGACAGCAAAGCUCCUUCUGCUGGAAGAGGCUGCAGGCAUGAGGAGGAUCACUGGUGCUGCCAGCUGGCUCCUGGAAUGCCUGAGCGUGCUGCGGGAUGCCCGGGACGCUCCAGGGCUACUGGCUGCAUUCCAGGCCUUUUCUGAGGCCCUGCUCCUGCUGAGCCAGCUGACAGCCAAGCGCCUCCAGCAGCUCCCAGACUGUCCUGCAGGGAAGAGCUUGGCCCAGACCCUGCAGCUGCUCCACGAGUGUGUCCCACUCAUCCACACGGCCAAGCACAGCGCCCUGACACAUCCCGGGGAUUGCCAAGCUGGCUUCUCCCAAGAUCCUGUUUUCCAGCUGGCCGACAGGACCAUCAGGGAGCUGCUGUCCCUGCUCACGGAGCCACAGGACAGGAGUGGGAUCUUCUCCCAGCAGGUGAGCAGGCUCCAGGCUCUCCUCUCCCACCCUGACCCCCUGCGCCUCUCCGAGGGUGCGUUCAGCUCCCACUUGGAAGCGGUCAUUCUCCAUGGAAUGCUGCUGGCAGAGUCAUCCAGGCCGGAUCUGCAGCUGGAGCUGGUGGAACGUUGCUGGGUCCUGCUACAGCUGAGGAGGAGCAUCUGCAGCCACAUGGGGCGGAGGGAGGAACAGCCAGGACAGAGGCAGGGAGAACACGGACUGCAGCGGGAAUGUCACAGCCUGAGGGGGGAGCUGGAAAACCUGGACCGGGCAGUGCUCAGGGCCACGCUGUGCCAAAUCCUGGAUGGAUUCUUCGAGGAGAAGGAGCCCCUGAGGCAGCUGGCUGAAGGUGCCCUCAGCCUUGCUGGUCCAGGAUGUUUUCCAGCAGGACCAGGAGGAAUUUUAAGGAAGCUCCAGCCCCUCAUUGCUGCCGUCUUCGCUCAGGCCCAGCGGAUGCUCCGAGCGGCCGAUCUGGUCCUGGCCAGGUGUGCCAAGGCCCAAACUGCCAGGGAAAUGCGGGAGGGUGUGGAGCACCUGCGGAGCCUGCUGGCCAGCCUCCCUUCCCUGCUCACAGAAAUGAGCAGGAAUUCCAUGGAGCAGCUCCAGGCCCUGUGCUGUGCCUGGGCCAGAGCCACCGACAGCCUCCUGCGCUGCUUUGAGGAGACCAUCGGCAUGAGGGAAUUCCUGGAGUUAUCCAUCCUGGAGCUGGCCAAGCACAGGGAAUGGUGCCAAGCAGCGCUGGAACGCCAGGAUGCCGAGGGAUUCUCCUGGCACGCCGCUCGCCUCAGGGGCUGGGCGCGCUGGGUGGUUGGAGCCACCACCCGGCACGUGGACAGGGCCACGGAUCCCAUCUUCAGGAAUGGUCUGCUGGUGUGGGUGGAGCAAUUGGCCAAAUCCAUCCUGGAGCUGGGAGCAGUCACAGCCCUCCUUCCAGGAAGGUUUUGCUGCCUCCAAAGCCGGGAUGCCUUUUCCCAGGCAGCGAGCUCCCUGAUGGACUCUGCUCUCCGUGUCCAAGCCGGGCUGGAUGGGUCCAACCACCCGGAGAUCCUCAGCCCGCUCCGGGAGCAAGUGCGGAGCACCAAGGUGGGAAAGGGGCUGGAGCUCAGCCCGCCCCACACUGGGAUACAAAGCAGUAGGGAUGAGGCCGUGUUCCAAGGAGACAUCCAAAGUCAUCCAUCUUCACCACCAGCUAGCUUCCCCCUGGAUGCACGGAAAGGGGACACACACCCUGUCAUGGCAGCUCUCCUGAGAGCAUCCCGAGCCGGUGACACGGAUGCUGUCCGUGCUGCUUGUUCCAUCCUGCUGGAGCUCUCCAACGGCUGUGUGGAAGCAGCACGGGAAGCACUGCCCCUGGCUGAGCCCCCCCAACUCCAGGUGCUGGAGCAGCACAGGGAUAUCAUGGCACUGACCCCACAGAUCAUCAGCCUGGCCAUGGAAACGGGCCCUGGGCAGCUCCCUGCUCCAGGCAGGCUUCUCCACAUGGCACUCAGGCUCUCGGGAAAGAUCCAGGAGACUCAGGAGUGCCUGGCAGCUGUGGCAGGCUCUUGGAAUGGUCUGGCCCAGCAAGUGCUUGGAUUUAUCCUGUCAGGUGACCUUCCAAGAGGGAAGCAAGCUUUGGAUGAGACCCUGCUGGGCUUAGCGGGAGCAGUGCAGGUGGCAGGAGACAUUGCAAGCACAGCCUGCAGCAAGGAAAAUCCCAAUCCCUCCCAUGUCCAGGAGAGCUUUCUGCAGCUCCAAGCCAAGUUUUCCCACGCUCAGCUGAACACCAAAGCGUUCCUGGAGAAGGCAGCAUCCUUCAGGGAAUCCUGUGGGAUGGAAAAGGCCAUCCUGGAGCUGCACGGUGCCUGGUGGGCCAUCGGCAUGCGUGUCCUGCUGGAUGCCGUGGAUCAGUUCGUGGGCAGGGACGUGCUGUUCCUCAGGGAGCUGAGCAGAGCUGUGAGGAACAAGGUUGGCCCCCAGAGCCUCCUGGCUGCUGUGGCUGAGAAUUCCCUCAGGUUGCAGGAGGCUGCCCGGCUCUCCUACUUAUCCUGCCCCGGAGACCACGGUGCCAGAGAAAUGCUGGCACUCCGGGAGGAGAUCCAGGUGCUCAUGGAAGCCCUGCUGGAUGUGUCCAACACCCUCCUGCUCUCCCCACUGCCUGCUGCCAGCCUGGCCAUCCGCUUUGAGCUCCUGCAGAGGGACGUGGCCCUCAGGGCCAAGGCAUUGAUGCUCCACAUGGAAAAGCUCAACAUGGAACAGCUGCAGCUCAUCCAAGAUGUGGUUGGAGCAGCUCUGUCCAACCUCACCCAAGAGGAGAGGGAGAGGAGCAAAGAAGGCUUUGAGGAGAAGGCAAAUCAGCUCAUGGCUGAUGUCCAGUGGGUCAGGAACACCCUGAGGGAUGCUCUGGAGGCCGGUGCUCAACUUCCAUCACAGCCUGACCUGCUGUCCAUGGCUGAGCACUUCCUGCUCCUCACAGCUGACGUGCUGGGAAGCGCCCGGCAGCACUUCCAGAGCCACCAGGACACUGGGGAUCCCUGCCAGGACACUGGGGACCCCCACCUGGACAGUGUGGUGUGGUACUGGUCAGCCAAGGCACACUACCUUGUCACACAGCUCCGGGUUAUCCACGGAAUGGACAGGGACACCCUGCGGCGCCUCAGGGAAUGCCUGCAGCAGGAAUCACGCUUCCCAGGAUCGCCCAACAGCACAGCCAGGCUCUCCCCAGCCCCAGAGCCCACUGAGGCAGCAGGAAUUCAUCCAAGCAGGAGCAGAGGAAAACACCCAGGUGGAGGAGACCACCCGGCAUCGCUGAGUCCACACAUUCCAGGCUUGGCAUCUGCUCUGUUACUGUCUCACCAGUGCCAGGAUGGCCCUUCCAGCAUCUCCCCUGCAAAGCAGGAGAGAGGGAACUGGGACAAGUGGCAGGGUGGCCCCAGCAAGGUGUCCCAGGUGACCCAGGACAUGGCCACGAGGAUGCUGCACAUGGCUCAGUUCCUGAGGAGGAAAGGCCCCAUUGCGAGCAAGGAGCAGUUUGUUGCCUGUGCCAGACAAAUGGUUUCCGAUGGAAUGGUGGUUGCUAAGUUUGGGAACAUCCUUGCCAAGCACUGCCUGGACCAGAGAUGCUCCAUGGAGCUGCUCCGUGCCACUGAGCACACCCAAUCCAUCAGCAGCCAGCUCGGCAUCGUGGCCAGGGUGAAAGCAGUGACUGGGGAGAGCAAGGCCUCCUCUGAGCUGCUGCUGAGCAAUGUGCAGAACCUCAUCCAAGCGGUCCAGCACGUCCUGAGGGCAGCCGAGGCGGCGUGCGUCAAAGGUUUGGGACAACCCUCAGCAGACCCUGAAGAAGAAGAAGUUGCUGCUUACUGCCAGCAGUGGAGGAAAAACCUGACACAGCACAGGGCCAAGGAGGCUUUGAAUUCCGACCGGGAUGAAUUAGGGCUCCGGAAAACUCGAGGGGCGAAGGCUGAGCCCACCCUGAUGUCUCUGGUGCAAGAGCAACCCCCUGGGAGCAGGAAUAUCCCAAAGCAUCCCAGUCCCAGGAAAGGACCUACAGUUAUGGACAGACACCUGUAAAUGCAGAGAGGGGCUCCUUGUCC